UGCGUCCUUUGGCUUGAGAGCCCUGCCUCCCUGCUAUUUCAGGCUCUGUCUCGCCCGAGGACUGAGACCUAAGGUCCCACUACUGUUCAGGAGCAGUUUCAGAGUCCUCUUUCUGGAGGCGUUUUCUUCUUACCCCCUCUAGCACUGGCUGUGGCGGAACGAGGAACCUUGCCCAGAUCGAGUCUUUUACCCAGCUAUGCCGAAGAAAGGGAAAAAGUCCAAGACGAAUCUGUCCGAUGAGGAGCAGCUGCUUCUGUUUCAGCAGAAGUUGCUGGCAGAGGAGGAGACGAUUAAGAAGAAGGAGCGACUCCUGAGCCAGUUCUUGAAGGACAAGCUGGCCAAGGAAGAGCACAACAGUGCUCUGAACCUUAAUAAGAUUAACACACAGUGGAGAACUGUUCUUCGAGAAGUUAAGACCAGAGAGCUUCGUAAAGACAUUGAGAUACUUAGCCAAACAUUUGAACGAGUGGUGGACUGCAAGGACAGUGUCAUCAAGUCUUUAGCUAAGGACCUGUCAGAAGCCGAGGAACAGUAUGCCCAUGCCCUGCGCAGCCACUUGCACAACGUUGAUCAGCUGUUGGCCCUGCAGAGGUGGCGACUCAACCUCUUAGAGGAAAAUUACAACAUGGAACUAGAGACCCUAACCAAGGAGUUCGAGACAGAAAGGAAAGCAAUUAUUGACCAGCACGAAAAAGAGAUUCGCUACCUACAAGAUGUCUUCAUGGCCAUGGAGCAGAACUAUAUAGAUUCUGAGUAUGAAGGCAAGCUGGAGUUCCAGAGCAUGUGGGACGAUCUUAAAAACAAGAAUUUAGAAGAGAAGCACUUUCUAAGACUGAAACUGGAGAAUGUAGUAGAAGAUCUGUGGAGAAGGUUCCAGGAUGCACUCAAGAGUUACACUGAUGCCACAGAGGAUCGAAAGGUUGCCUUCGAGACCCUGAGGGUGAAGGAUGAGAAGAGCUCCAAAGAGAUUGAAGCACAGAUGAAAAAAAUACAGAGACUACAGGAUUCCAUAAGUAUUUUAAAAGGCAAGAUCAUGGUGCACUGCCGUGAGAGUGAAGAACAGAACCAGUACGUCCGUGAUGACAAGGAGUUGAUCCUUGUACAACUGCGAAAACUUAAGGCCCAAAGGACUCAGGUCCGGGAAACAUCACAGGAGAACUUAGUCAAACUCACUCUGGAAAGUAAUGCCACCAUCAAGGCCCUGAGAAAGAUUGUCGAUAAGGGUGAAAAGAUCCUUAAACUGGCAGAAAUAUGUAGGAAAUUUGAAACAGAGGAAGAAAAAGUGCUGCCUUUUUAUUCAACAUUGACUCCCGAGGAGCAGACGAAGAGAGAGGAAAUUCACCCAGAAAACCUUACUGAGGAGCUGGCAAAGGUGAUAGCGGACUACAAAGGGAUGGAGAAUUUCUGGAAAAGGUACAACAAAGUGAAACUGGAGCAACUGAGCCUCCGACAUAGACAUGCCCAGUUGUUAGAAAUCAACGAGAAGCUGCGGGAGAUGCUCAAGCAGUACUUGGAUGGCAUCUCCGUGAGUGAUGAAGUGCUGAGCCAGCUCAACCCACUGUUCAUCGUCAACCAUCGAAGCAACUUACCCCAGCCCUUGCCCACACCUGCAACCCAGCCAGGUGACAAAAAACCUCCAACCACGUACAACAUCAUAGAAGCAGCCCACGUGAUCUCCCACAUCCUGUGAUACAAGAAAAUCUCUUUUCAACCCCCAGAGAAUUUUUUGAGACCCCCGAGGACUUUGCUAUUAAAAAUGCCCAUGGAGUU